AUGGUCGACAUAGGGGGCCUGGACAACCUGAUCGCCAACUCGGCCUACCUGCAGGCGCGGAAGUCCUCGGACGCCGACAGCAAGGAACUGCAGCGCCGACGCCGGACCCUGAUGCUGCCCGGGCCGCAGAGCUGCGAGCAGCUCCGCCAGGCCCCGCCCAAAGACUUCCACAGCCUGUGCGAGCAGCAGCCCAUCGGCCGCCGCCUCUUCCGGGACUUCCUAGCCACGGUGCCCGCGUACCAGGAGGCCGUGGGCUUCCUGGAGGAGGUACAGAGCUGGGAGCUGGCCGAAGAGGGUCCCGCCAAGGGCAGCACGCUGCAGGGGCUGGUGGCCACUUGUGCGGCCUCCCCGGGGCACCCACACCCCUUCCUCAGCCCAGCUCUGGUCACCAAGUGCCAAGCAGCCACCACGGAGGAAGAGCGAGCAUCCCUGGUGGAGCUGGCCAAGGCUGAGGCCAUGGCCUUCUUGCAGGACCAGCCCUUCCUAGAGUUCCUGGCCAGCCCCUUCUAUGACAAGUUUCUGCAGUGGAAAGUCUUUGAGAUGCAACCCGUGUCAGACAAGUACUUCGAAGAGUUCCGGGUGCUGGGGAAAGGUGGUUUUGGGGAGGUAUGUGCUGUCCAGGUGAAAAACACCGGCAAGAUGUAUGCCUGUAAGAAACUGGACAAGAAGCGGCUGAAGAAGAAAAAUGGUGAGAAAAUGGCUCUCUUGGAAAAGGAAAUCUUGGAGAGGGUCAGCAGCCCUUUCAUUGUCUCUCUGGCCUAUGCCUUUGAGAGCAAGUCCCAUCUCUGCCUGGUUAUGAGCCUGAUGAAUGGGGGAGACCUCAAGUUCCACAUUUACAGCGUGGGCGAGCGGGGCCUGGACAUGAGCAGGGUGGUCUUCUACUCGGCCCAGAUGACCUGCGGCGUGUUGCACCUCCACUCCCUCAGCAUCGUCUACCGGGACCUGAAGCCCGAGAAUGUGCUUCUGGACGACCUUGGCAACUGCAGACUGUCCGACCUGGGGCUGGCUGUGGAGAUCCGGGAUGGCAAGCCCAUCACCCAGAGGGCUGGAACCAAUGGUUAUAUGGCUCCUGAAAUCCUAAUGGAAAAAGCGAGUUAUUCCUAUCCUGUGGACUGGUUUGCAAUGGGAUGCAGUAUUUAUGAAAUGGUUGCUGGACGAACACCAUUCAAAGAUUACAAGGAAAAAGUCAGUAAAGAGGAUUUAAAGCAAAGAACACUGGAAGAGGAAGUCAGAUUCCAACACGAUAACUUCACAGAGGAAGCAAAAGACAUUUGCAGACUCUUCUUGGCUAAGACACCAGAGCAACGCUUAGGAAGCAGAGAAAAGUCUGAUGAUCCCAGGAAACACCAUUUCUUCAAAACCAUCAACUUUCCUCGCCUGGAAGCUGGCCUAGUUGAGCCUCCAUUUGUGCCAGACCCAUCAGUGGUUUACGCCAAAGAUAUUGGUGAAAUUGAAGAUUUCUCUGAGGUUCGAGGAGUUGAAUUCGAUGAUAAAGAUACGCAGUUCUUCCAAAGAUUUGCAACAGGUGCUGUCCCUAUAGCUUGGCAGGAAGAGAUUAUAGAAACGGGGCUGUUUGCCGAAUUGAAUGACCCCAACAGGCCCGCAGGUUGCGGGGAGGGUAAUUCGUCUAAGUCUGGUAUAUGUUUGCUAUUAUAA